UCAUUCAAACAGCAGGAGCUAGUCAGGUGGUCACUGUUCACAUCUACGCGACCUCCAGUUCUAAAAUCCAGGUGAGGCUGUCUGUCUGUUCUCAGCAGACCAUGACCGUUUCAGGCGCCAUCAUCAUCAGUCAGCUGACGCAGUCCUCCGUGUCGGUCUGCACGCUUGUGCAAGACCCGCAAUCAGGAAUCAGAACUCUGAUGGUGGGCGUAGGAACGACACCGGAGGGUCUCCAAGUACAACCUUUAACCUCCGUAGGUCACAGCGGUCACCUCCUUUUCGAUGUGCACGUGCAGGAUGGCGCACCUCUGUACGCCAAUGUCGUGGCACAGAACGGCGCCGGACAAAGAGUUCUCUUCACCUCCAGCGCCAUCUAUAUGGACAGAACCCCGCCAGUCGUGUCCAAUGUCAAGGUGAAGCUGAUAUACGAAGGUCAAGGCAGCGAGUUGACGGUGUGGGCGGAGGCCGAGUGGAGAGCGGAGGACAAGGAAAGUGGCAUCCUCCUCUGCACCUGUGAACUAAAGGGAGCCACACCUGUAGUCACACCUGGCGUUACGUCGGCUGAAGCCACAACUGACGUCACCCCAGGCACUUGCCGUUGGCUGCUUCAACAGCCCAGACAUUUAGCACCUGUUGAGGUUAAAGUGACCUGUCUCAAUAAAAUUCAGAUGGCGUCUACAGUAACAUCGCAUCCUGUCCUUGUUUUGUUGCAAGCGCCGGACAUGACAACGGUUACAGUAAGAGCACUCAACAAUAACCCCAUCGUAUCACCUUUUGACGAGUGUGACCCGGAAGUGCGCUCCAAAACAUCAGACCUAGAGUUGACCUGGCGGGGCGGCGAUGACCCCAGUAUGGAUCUCUAUCACUACAGGUUCCUACACGACUCGCGUCCCUUGACCGAGUGGUUUUCCCAGAGUGUUAGUAAGACCUCGGCUAUUCUGAGAAUGGACGAGAACAUAGCACCCGGUGACGUGGUUGUUGCUGAAAUCAGAGCCAGCAACGCCAGAAACAUGACAUCAGAAACCGUCUCAACCACAAUUCGGCUGGAUGACAGGAAACCAGUUCUGACAGGAAAGAAUGCAUCCGUAGACUGGGCUGCCCAUGACCUAUAUUUAGACUGGCGUGACGUCUUCAACGUCACCCGUGACGUGACCUACUUGGUCUUUGCUGGUACCGCCAACGGUUAUGGUGAUGUCAUUAACCACGUGACUCUCAAGGAUACCUCUUACAGACAAACACUAACAAGGCGGAUGCAUGACGUGUUUAUCUGUAUACAGGCUGUUUAUCCUAACGGUCGCUUCGAGAAAUAUCUGGCAGAGCUCACCGUCUAAACAUCGCCUUGGCUCAGUCCCGUAAAUAUCGGUUUAUAAGGCGUAGCCACCAUUUCUUUUUAAAUCUCUUCUUUUUUCCUAAAUUAGCCGGACUGGUUUAUAAGCCACAAAUAUACAUAUAGCAGAUACGUUGCCAGUCUCCAUCAAGUGCUGAAGAUCGUCGUCUUUGUUCAGGCCGAGACAGACUAGAUGAAGAUCAAAAUUCCUUCUACAUCUCAAUAUUCUCCGCCAAGAGAUGAUCUUUGACCUCUAUCUGGUGCAAUGGAGCUUGUGGAUUACCAAAGUUGUAUUCUACAUUCAGCCUAUCUUACUAGCUUCAAAUUUUCAAUAUUUUACCCCAAGUUUACUUACACUAUUAGGUCUUUCGUGUUUUGGUUAACACCUGUUUUUUCUGUUACUGAUAAAUAGAAACAAGAUUUGGUCAAUUAUUGACACAAUUAUCGUACAAAUAAAGAAGACUGAAACAAUA